AUGCCUAGUGUAUGUUCUUCCCAUAGCAUUUUGUGCAUUGCUUUAAGAAGUACUAUUUCUAAAAUAUUAAAAUUUGAAGUAUUUCUAAAAUGUGAAGUAUUAUUCAAAUAUAGAAGCUGCAUGGGUAAACCAGAUUAUAGCAAUACUUUGAAAGUGGAGUUCUCAAAGGCUUUUCCUGAAAGAAAUUUGUGGAAUUCAGUAGUUUAUAAACAAUUUCCAGUUAAACUUUUUGAUAUACUUUUGAGACUCUCCCUGAACUGGCCACAGGCUUGCCUUGUACUCUUCACUCAGGGCUGUCCAGUAGAAUUUUCUGCAGUGACGGAAAUAAUUCUGUCUACACGUUCCAGUAUGACAGACUCUAGACACAUGAGCUUACUGAGUACUUGA